UGUCAUUAUCAAAUACCAGCACUAACAAUUGCGACGACGCUGGAUGAUGAAAGGAAAGGCAUGCACAUACUGCGUCCUUUCGCUUCCUGCUCGUUGUCUCCUUCUCCCAUUAAUCCAAACGUGAAAGGUCGCGCCGCCAUCUGCACCGCGCUUUCGAGCCCGCAAACAACCCUACUAGACAUAUUUCCUCCCUCGCCCACCUCAACAUAAUAUCGCGCCACCACCAGCAGCAGUUGUGCACCCAGGAUCGCCGCGUUUCCGCAAUUUGUUUCAUUCCACGCUACGUGUAUCGUCCGGUCGCUUAUCGUCGCGAGGUCCCGAGGGCACAGGACCGCAAACUUGCUACGCCCCCGUAAGCCACGGGCAUGGCCGAUUCCGACUACGACUACGAGGAAGAUGCUUCAGACGACGAGUACCUAGGCGGCAAGGGAGAUCCAGCUCCUCGCACACAAGAGCCCAGGACGAAGAAGAAGAACGGCAAGGCGCCCGCGCCAGCACGAAAACGAAAUGCUUGGGAGUCUUCGAGAAAGGAAAGUAGUCCUGAGUACGAGGCUCCGGUAGAGGAAGCCGAAGAUGGGACUAUACAACAAAGCAUACAGGAGCGAGAGGAGGAAAGGAAGAGGAAAAGAUUACGCAAAGAUACAAAACCUUUCCAGCGUGGUAUCAUUCGACAUGUCGUCCUCGUACUGGAUCUCUCCGAGGCUAUGGCAGAGAAGGAUAUGCGGCCGAAUCGAUACAUCACAAUGAUAAAAUUCACACAAGACUAUGUUCGGGAGUUUUUUGAGCAGAAUCCCAUUUCGCAGAUGAGCGUCCUGGGCAUGCACGAUGGCCUCAGCAUUCGCGUCUACGCUAUACCACACACCCAGCCAUGGAACAAGAGAGGUUAUCAUAGUCUUCGCAUAAUCGGGAUGGGCGCGCGGCUCAAGAUCUGUCAGGAGAUAGUCGCCCGUACGAAUGCCGGUGAUGAGAGCGAGUACACCAUUGCAACAGACCAGGAGCUGCUUCGCGAGCUCCUGUUAGCAACCACAACCCCUCCUGUGGUGCGGAAUCCGAACUCUGCAGAUGCCGCACAAUCUGCAUCAUCCGCAGCGCUCAUGAUGAUGGGAUUUCCCUCCCGAGUGGUAGAAGACACUCCUACAAUGUGCGCAUGCCACGGGAAUCUUACAACGGGGGGCUAUACAUGUUCGAGAUGCAGCGCCAAAGUGUGUAGUCUACCAACCACAUGUCCCAGUUGUUCCCUUACACUUCUCCUAUCGACGCAUCUUGCGCGAAGCUACCACCAUCUCUUCCCCCUCCGCAACUGGCGCGAAGUCAGCUGGAAAAGAGCGCGCGAGAAAGAAAGCCUGGAAUGCACCGCCUGUCUCUGCGAGUUCCCAGAGCCCCCAACCGAAGACGCCAACGGCGAACCAGACGCCCACAACCACGACCCUCAUUCGCACACCGACGGCGCCAUCACCCAGGUCCAACCGGAAGAAGACGAAUCAAUAGAGCAAAAAGCCAGCGAGAGCUCGCGGUACGAAUGCAUGGUCUGCGAAAGCCACUUCUGCGUCGACUGCGACAUGUUCUGCCACAUGGUGCUCCAUAACUGUCCCGGCUGCUUGAGCCAGCUCAACCCGGCCGCUGAAGCACAGAACGGCGAGGUCCAGGAGAAUGGAGAUAUGUCGACUUUCGAACGGCUGAUUCGGUUCCAGGCUGAGGAUGGCCAGGUGAGGUAUGGGAAUUUGACGAAGCAUACGCCUACGCUUGAGAUUCAGGGUUCGAAGGUGGAGGUGCUGGAGGGGGAUGUGCAGAGUGGGUUUAAGAAGACUGGCGCUGAAGCUACGGUUUCCAAGCUUCUUGCUCCGCUUCCUCGAACCAACAUCGUCAUGUGCAUUGGCCUAAACUACCGCCACCACGCAGAAGAAGCAAAUCUCGAGAUCCCCAAAUUCCCCACCGUCUUCACCAAGCCCCCGGACGCCCUCGCCGGACCCCUCGACGACAUCCCCAUCCACCCAGACUGCCAAUCGAUGCUGGACUACGAAGGCGAGCUGACCGUCGUCAUCGGCAAAGACGCAAAGAACGUGACCGCGGCGGACGCAUACGACUACAUCCUAGGCUACACCGUCGGCAACGACGUCUCGGCGCGCAACUUCCAGCUCCCCGCCUCCGUCUCCGGAGGCCAGUUCGGGUACGCCAAGUCGUUCGACAAGUUCGCGCCCAUUGGGCCCGCCAUCGUGUCUACGUCUGUCAUUCCGGAUCCUCAGAAGCUGAAGUACACUACUAAGGUCAAUGGGGAGGUGAGGCAGCAGACUGGUACGGAUGAUAUGAUCUAUAGCAUUCGCCAGAUUGUAGAGCAUCUUUCCAGGGGAACGACGUUGAGGGCUGGUACGGUCAUUAUGACGGGGACGCCGAGCGGUGUGGGGCUGUUCAUGGAUCCGAAGGGGUUCGUGAAGGAUGGCGAUGUGGUCGAGAUUGAGGUGGAAGGUAUUGGCAGUUUGAAGAAUACGAUGAGAUUCGAGAAAUAGUUGGGGAUGGCAAAUGGAACAGGCCGAAUGGGAAGUCACUUCGGACCAGAAGGUGCACACAAUUGACUUGGAGAUCACUAUCGACACAGUUGGGCUCGACAUACUUGGCCGCUUCGAGUACUCGUAUGAUGAUCAGUGUAACGUCCGACAUAGUAUUGAAGAUAGCGGAAAUGAAUUACUACAUCAAUGAACCACCAGUACGCUUCAUUCAACUUGG